UUCUCUUACCUACUGUGCUUUUAGAGGUCAAUAUCAACGCUUUCUUCGCUUGUCAAACAUGCUUUCCGAUGGCUUCCGCUUACGGCCAAAGCCGGUUGCUUCCAUAUCUACUAUCCUGAUGCCAUCUAUGAAACAAACUGGCACCGCAAGUGUCGAGACGAUUUUCAGAUAUACUCGGGACAUGGCAUGGCAGUAAUCAAUACUAAUAGGCUGCUAGAAUUGGUACAUGUACUACACAGAUAAAAGACACGAGACGACUGGGCAACCCAAAUCUCCAGGGUAUGAGCUUGAGGAUUGGCGAACAAGAGAUCGGCUCAAGACAGUCUCGGCGGCUUUAGCUGUCUGUCUGAACAUUGGCGUCGAGCCACCCGACCAACUGAAAACAAACCCAGGCGCUAAGCUCGAGGCAUGGCAAGAUCCUUUCGUACCGAAGGCCCUAGAGAAUAUUGGAAGAUCUCUACAAGCACAAUACGAGAACAUCUCGCUUAGAACACGUUAUAAGCAGUAUCUGGACCCUUCAGUUGAAGAGACGAAGAAGUUCUGCAUAUCUCUGCGAAGGAGUGCUAAGGAUGAGCGUGUUCUUCUUCACUACAACGGCCAUGGGGUGCCGAAACCAACCGCGUCAGGAGAGAUAUGGGUGUUCAACAAGAAUUACACGCAGUACAUACCAAUUUCCCUAUACGACCUGCAGCAUUGGCUUCAAGCACCGACCAUAUUUGUGUGGGAUUGCUCCGAGGCUGGAAACAUCCUUAAUAAUUACCAUCGUUUCGUCGAAAAGCAUGAAGAUGAAGAAGAAGCCGCGGCUUCGGCAGACCCGAACUACGAGAAGACCAAAUACCGUUCGUAUCUCCAUCUGGCGGCCUGUGCGGUCAAGGAGAACCUGCCAACGAACCCUCAGCUGCCGGCAGAUCUUUUCACGGCGUGCCUGACGACCCCAAUCGAAAUGGCUCUAUGGUUUUUUGUAUUGCAGAACCCCCUGAAGACGAAUCUGACGCCAGAGAGAGCCAAAAAGCUUCCGGGUCGGCUUCAAGAGAGAAGGACCCCCCUCGGUGAACUCAAUUGGGUCUUCACGGCCAUCACAGACACCAUUGCCUGGACCUCGUUGCCCAGGCAGUUAUUCCGAAAGAUCUUCAGACAGGAUUUGAUGGUGGCAGCCCUCUUCCGCAACUUCAUUCUUGCACAGAGGAUCAUGACGGUGUAUGGGUGCCACCCUCAAUCGUAUCCUGGUCUACCAGAUACACACCAGCAUCCGUUAUGGGAGAGCUGGGAUCUUGCUGCCGACCUGGCUCUGGCGCAAUUGCCCAUGCUGGAGAAGAAGGAGAAUGAAGGAGUAGAUUAUGAGUAUCAGAGUUCGACAUUCUUCACGGAGCAACUUACAGCUUUCGAGGUCUAUCUUGCACGAGGUGACGCAAAUCUGCAGAAGCCACCCGAACAACUACCAGUUGUUCUCCAGGUGCUUCUUAGCCAGCAGCAUCGCGUACGGGCCCUGAUCCUGCUUGGUAGAUUUUUGGACCUGGGCCCUUGGGCUGUCCAGCUUGCCCUCAGCAUAGGCAUCUUCCCAUAUGUCUUGAAGCUUCUUCAAUCUGCGGCCGCCGAAUUGAAACCCGUCAUGGUGUUUAUAUGGACUCGCGUGCUAGCCGUCGACAUCUCCUGCCAGCCGGACUUGAUCAAGGACAGUGGCUAUAGCUACUUUGCGUCGAUACUGAAACCCUCAGAAGGCCUGCCUGUCGCCAACAGUGACGAACACAAGGCCAUGUGCGCUUUCGUUCUUGCCAUGCUUUGCAAAGGCUACAAGCCAGGUCAGGUGGUCUGUAAUCAGACCGAUAUCAUGAGCUAUUGUCUGGCUCAUCUCAGGAACGACGACAACGUGUUGCUACGUCAAUGGGCUUGCCUAUGCAUCAGCCAAUUAUGGCAUGACCUUCCCGAGGCUAAGUGGAGAGGCAUCCGAGAGAAUGCGCCGUUGAAGCUCUCGACUCUGGUCAAAGAUCCGUGCUGCGAGGUCCGCGCCGCCGUUGUCCAUGCGAUGACAACAUUCUUGGGAAUACCCGAUCUGACUGACGAAGUUGCUCGCAUUGAGGAAUCCAUUGCCUGGACUUUACUUGACAUGACCAACGACGGCAGCCCGCUUGUGCGUAAGGAGCUGCUGGUCUUCCUGUCUCAGUUUGUGCUGCGUUAUGAAAGCAAGUUUCUUGUGGCCGCGUAUGAACAACUAGUCGAAGAGAGAGAGUACCUUCUUCACCCUCCAAAGGAUGAUGGCUCUGAGCAUAAAAUGGGUCUCCACUAUACAAGCCCCGAAAAGCGGAAUUCCGACGGCACUAUCAAGGCUACUGCACACGGCUUAUCUCACAACACGGUUUUUGCGUCAUGUUGGAAACACAUAUUGAUCUUGAAUGUGGAUCCUCAUCCUGAGGUUCAACGCGACGCAACAAUCAUCGUCGACUACGUCCAUAAUGCCCUGUUGACGUCUUCAACCGGCAUUUAUGCCCAGGCGCUCAUGGAGGAAAUUGAGAAACGGGCUAGAAAGACCCGCGGCCACAAGAAACAGCCAUCCACAUCGCGCAACGGCUACAUGGGUGCGGCUGUCACGGAAUUCGCAAAUCCAGAACCGUCGCCUGGCCUACUCAAGCGUACGGCAAGUUUGCUGUUCCAAAUCCCUAGCACCAUUUGGGGGGGCGAGAACGGAUCAAACCCCUCCACUCCUAUGCCAUCGCCCAGUCUUACCCGCACUGUCUCUAAGAAAGGCGGUUCCGCAGCAGAUUGGGCGACCCCCCCUGAACAGAAGGACCUAACCGCUGCGUAUGGGCAGUACAACCUAGCAGAGGAGCCGGUGUCUGGAUGCUUCAAAGAACGCAGUUUUUCUAAACCGCCCAUGCUGCCUCUGAAGAGCACUUUCUUGGACUGGUCGGUUGAAUACUUUCGAGAGCCACAGAUGAAACCCACCGAAGCCGAAGAGCCCGGCAGUACAGAGUACAAUGAACGGUUGUGGAGAAGAUCCCGUAACGAGACGAUCCUUCGAGAAACACAGCCGCAAAAGCACUUUGCUGGCAGCCACAAAUGGAACAAUCAGCUCUGCAUCAUGAACAACUCUGCUCAACCUGCCAAGAUGACUUUCCAUCAGUUUGAAGAUCAUCUAGCAGUGGCAGACGAUGCGAACACUGUCAACAUAUGGGAUUGGAAGAAGCAGCAUAGGAUCAGUCGAUUCUCGAAUGGCAACCCAGAAGGGUCCAAGAUUAGCGACAUGAAGUUCAUAAACGAAGAUGACACAGCCUUCCUCAUGACUGGCUCCUCUGACGGUGUCUUGCGCAUCUAUCGCAACUACGAGGCCGAGAAAACCACGGAGCUUGCUGCCGCAUGGAGAGCACUUACGCACAUGGUCCCAAGCAACGUCAACUCGGGUAUGGUGUUUGACUGGCAACAAGUGACGGGCAAAGUCCUUGUGGCCGGCGACGUCCGAGUGAUCCGAGUGUGGGCGGCGGCAUACGAGACGUGCAUCAUGGAUAUUCCAGCCCGGUCUGGCUCGUGUGUGACCUCACUCACCUCAGAUCAGAUGACGGGUAACAUAUUUGUUGCUGGCUUCGGUGAUGGUGCGGUUCGAGUAUUUGACACUCGAUUGCGACCGCAAGAAUCGAUGGUGAAGAAGUGGAAGGACGACUCGGACCGGCAAUGGAUCAAAAGUGUACACAUGCAACGCGGUGGGCAGCGUGAGUUGCUGUCCGCCAGUCGAAAUGGCAAGGUCAAGCUAUGGGAUAUCAGGCUCGAUACCCCGCUCAAGGUCUUUCAGACUACGCGUGACACUCUCCGAACUGCGAGCACGCACGAGCACCUACCCGUAUUCUCUGUAGGGACAUCGGCUCACACGGUCAAGGUGUUCAACUUUGAUGGCAAAGAACUUUCGCGCAUGGAGCCUUACUCGAGCUUCCUGCAGCAAAACCGCGGCACGCCCAUCUCUACAACGGCAUUCCAUCCUCAUCGCAUGAUCCUCGGCUGCGCCGCACGUGGCGAUCAUCAUGUCAAUCUCUUUACUUGUGCCCAAGAGAAACCGGAGGCAUAUCUCAGCUCUCUGUAAUAAUCCGAAGACCAGGUUGGUACCGCCUUCCUGUCGCUUGAAAUAACUGAGCCGUGA